AUAAUGAGUUUGACAAAUAUUUAAAUUAUGAUCAUGGCAAAUAUUUAGAUAAUAAGCAUAAUAAAUUUAAUAAAUAUUUGAACAAUGAGCUUGACAAACAUUUAGAUAAUAAGCUUGACAAACAAUUGGAUAGAUUUGAUAAAGUAGAACUUUAUAAAG